AUGCCUGCGCUUGACUUGCUGAAAGACACGCUGGAGAAGAUCGUCAACGCUCAGAAGCGGGGCAAGCGCGAGUUGACCAUCAAUGCUUCCUCUAAGUUAGUCCUCGGCUUCUUGAAUGUCAUGCAGAAACACGGUUACAUCAAAGCUAUCGAAGAACUUGAUAACCAAAGAAACAACAAGCUCCUUGUCCAACUCGAUGGAAAACAUCAACUCAAGAAGGCCGAAGCAGUCUCCACGUCCCUGGCUAUCAAGACCCGGGAUAUCAAGAAGUGGACCAACAGGCUCAUUUCCUCCUGCCAAGUUGGUUACGUUGUUCUCACAACUUCUGCUGGAAUUAUGGACCAGGAGGAAGCCAAGGAGAAGCGCGUUGGCGGCAAGGUCCUUGGAUUCUUUUACUAGAUGUGUGCUCUGAGCAUCAAAACACACGCCGACGAGCUUAACUCGCCAUCGCUUACG